AUGCACUUAUCUAAAGGUUUCAAUAAACUAAAUUUGGAUUCAAUAGCACCAGAUUUGAACUUACCCUUUCCUAACAAUAAUAAUCAAACGCAUUCCAAACCAAAUAAACCAAAUAAACCCCCAGUGUUUACUAGCAAAGCGUUUAUGGGAGGUAUAGGCACUGAUGAAUUGGAUGAAACCCCACCACCUUCCAUAUUAAAGAAUAUUGACUAUGACUAUUUGGAAAAACAUUUUCAAAUUUACAAGUACUAUCCAUCAUAUGUUCAUAAUGGAGAUAUAUCAACUCCUGAGCUAAAGGAUUUGAUUAUUGAUAAACCUAUUUAUAACGAAGCCAAUAAGCAUGUGAAACGGAAAAAGAGAAAAAGUGUUAAACCGAGACUGAAGGGUAACAAUAACGUGGAUGAGGAUUCAGCUGGUGGUCCUGUGCAAGAUGUAAGGCAGUUGAGAAAAGAACAGCGAGAGGAAAGAAGGGAGUUGAGAAAAGAACAAAGAGAUGAAAGGAGAGAACUAAGGCAGAAGCAAAAACUGCAACUGCAGGCACCACAACUGAUGAAAAAGAGCUAUUCUGGUCAUUAUAUGAACAAAGUCAAUAGUUUAAAUUGUGCCAAUGGUGGAAGUAAUGAUGUUGGAGCUACCCAUGGUGUCAAUCCAUAUCAAAUGAGGACCCAAUUCAGUAACAAUACCACAAACAACAAUGCAGGCAGUGGAGAUGAAUAUUAUUGGAACAAGAAUCAGCCAAUGUCUAGAACCAAUUCGCAAUUUAGUCAUGUUAACAAUUAUGGGUCCAAUAUGAAGAAAGUUGGUUCUUCAUCCGCUUCUUCUGAUGACGAUCCAGAUUGUGCAGAAUUGGAUCCCACUGGUAUGGGAAGAGUUGGUAGUGGUGGUGGCUAUGACUCAGAAAGAACUGAAGUUGAAGAUGAGUUCAAUCCAAUUGCUUUCAACAAUCCAUUUGAUUUUGGUAAGAAAUUGUCUACUGCUGGUGCCACAAUGAAGGAAGAAGGAGGUAUUGCCCCCGCUUCAUCAACAAUGAUGUCAAAUUCAUCGUCUUACAACAACUACAACAAUGGGCCUACUAAAACCCAUCAAAAUUCAUUGUUUAGCAACCCACAAUAUUCUUAUCUAUACAGCUCAAGAACCAAUUCAAGAAAUAAUUCAGUUGCUGGUCCAAUGACUGGAUUACCCGAUAAUCAUCCAGUUCCAGCAGCUGUUCCACAGAGAAGAUCUUCAUCAGUUACAUUGAUCAAUAACAGUCAAAAUUCAUCUCAAAAUAGGAACAAUACUGUCAACAAUAAUGGAAAUGGUGUUUCUUAUGGUACUCAUCAUAUAUCACAGCCAAAGAGAAAUAACUCAAUAGCUACUAAAUUUAUGAAUAUGUUUAAGAGUGAUAGCCAAGAUUCAAAUAAUCUGUCUAAUAGUAACCAGCAUGAUGAGGAUGAGAUACUUGGUAUAGAUGAAUAUGCAAUUGACAGUAGUGGUAUCAUGAUGCGUAAAGAAUCAACUAAACUGCACAAGAUGAGUAACAACGUCAGUAUGUCAAGAAGACAAAGUUUAUUUGGCCAUAAUCAAGCAGCAGCACCACCACCAGCACUAGACCCAGAGGAAAACAGUUACAAGCCAAAAGCAGGUCCAUUAGCAACAAUGGGAUAUGUAGGUGGUCAUCCAAUGACAAAAUCCAACAGUUUUGAUCAAACGAAAUCACAACGAACAAAAUUAAAGAAUAAAUUGAAAAUGAGAUUUACUAACGAACUGAGACGAUUUAGUGAACAGUUUGAAGUUGUUACUGAAAAUGUCACAAAUGGUCAUACGGGUGAAACUCAAACGAUACAGUAUACUCAAUCACAAAUGGUUGGUCAUGGAUCAUUUGGAGUGGUUUUUCAAACACAAAUUAUGCCAACUAAUGAGAUAUGUGCUAUGAAACGGGUACUUCAAGAUAAACGAUUCAAGAAUCGUGAAUUGCAAAUUAUGAAGUUGGUGCAUCAUCGAAAUAUUGCUGAUUUAAAGUAUUAUUUUUACACCAAUAACGACAAGAAUGAAUUGUAUUUGAAUUUGAUUUUGGAGUUUGUUCCCGAAACUCUUUAUAAAGCAAGUCAUUACUAUGUGUCCAAAAGAUUGAGUAUGCCGCCAUUGGAAAUCAAAUUAUACACAUAUCAAAUGUUUAGAGCAUUAAAUUAUAUCCAUUCACAAGGAAUAUGCCAUAGAGAUAUCAAACCUCAAAAUCUAUUGAUUAACCCAACCACAGGAGAGUUGAAAUUGUGUGAUUUUGGUUCAGCCAAGAUUUUGAAUCCACUGGAACCAAAUGUUUCCUACAUUUGUUCAAGAUAUUAUCGAGCACCUGAAUUAAUCUUUGGAGCUACAAACUAUACAACCAAGAUUGACGUAUGGAGUGCCGGAUGUGUAAUGGCUGAAUUGAUUCUUGGUCAACCUUUGUUUCCUGGUGAGUCAGGUAUUGAUCAGUUGGUGGAAAUAAUCAAGAUUUUAGGAACACCUUCAAAAGAGCAAAUUAAGAGUAUGAAUCCAAAUUAUAUGGAGCAUCGAUUCCCCCAAAUCAAGCCAAUACCGUUACACAAGAUUUUCAAAAAGAUGGCACCUGAUUGUAUACAAUUUUUGAUCAAAGUAUUACAAUAUAGUCCAUUGGAAAGAAUUAGUUGUAUUGAAGCCAUGGUUGAUCCAUAUUUCGAUGAAUUACGUAAUGAAUCAACCAAAUUGCCCAAUUAUAGAAAAUUGUUUUCCCAACAAUUUCAUCAUAGUACCGCUGGUUCUUUGGGUGGCCCCACGUCCCAUUCAAAUGCUGCUCAAUAUCAGUUGUAUGAUUCUCAACCAGAUAUGAAGGAUUUACCAGAAUUGUUUGAUUUCGAUGAUCGAGAAUUAAGUGUUGCUCCAAAUUUGGAUUCUGCAUUGAUUCCAUCAUGGGCUUGGAAUCAUUUGAAUUUGAAACAGGGGCCAAUAAACAAUUUGAACGAAUUUGCACCAAUGACUAAAGAGGAACUAAAAGUUACAUUAGAAUAA